AUGUUCUCUUCUCCCAAAUAUCGUAUCGAAAUUGGAAAUACACCCGAAAUCAUGGCAUGGCCGCGGAACGACCUGUCGAAUUAUUCGAUGCGCGGCAAAAGAUAUACGAAUGUGAGGGCACGGAAUACCAUGAGCUGGGUUCAAGGCCGAGAACUGGAGAAUUGCGAUGGCGAUGAAUAUGGAAAGGAAGGAGCUAUUCGAAUUGCUCUUCGGAUAAUGUGA